CACUGAGCGAAGAUGGUCGUGUCGUUAAAGAUAAUUUAUAUUGGCCUUGUACUUGGCCUUGUUGUAGCUUAUACGCAAGCCGCUAGUAUCAGCGACAAUAGUCUUCCUACCUAUGAUACGAUAGUAGUAGGUCUGGGUGCGUCUGGCACGGCCGCUGCUACUACACUAGCGCGCGCUGGGAGGAGAGUGUUGGGUCUGGAGGCUCAAGAGAGAAUCGGUGGUCGAGUAUAUACUGUGCCCUUCGACGAUGGCGUUGUGGAGGUGGGAGCUGAGUGGAUACACGGCCAAAUCGGCAGUCGUACCUACGAGUUGGCAGUGCAAAACAACGUGUCCAUAAUCGCAGACGAGACAUCUGUGGGCGGGUAUCGCUCAGACGGAACCCUAUUGGAUGACAAUACGAUGAACCUCAUGAAAGAGCUGGUGGAAAAAGGGAUGGAGAUCGCCGCCGAUUCACCAGAGCCACCCGAGCCUUUGGGACAGUACAUUACCAGAAAAUUAAUGCAAUAUAUAGAGAAGAAGCACCCUGAACUCCUGAACGACAAGGAGUUCUUAGCCCAAUUCUUUGAGUACAUGGACCUCAACAUUGAUACUUACGAAGCCACCACCAGCUGGAAUGACGUCAGCACCGCCAGCCAAUCCGUGGAACUAGAAGGAAACCAAGCCAUGAGCUGGCAUAGAAACGGAUACAAGACGCUCUUCGAAAUACUGUUGAACACGUACAGAAACGGAUCAGGUUUGCCGACAUUACAAUACAAGCUGAACACUGAGGUGACGAAGAUAACUUUGUCUGAGGCCCCGAAUAAGGUCUUUGUCACUUGUAAAGAUGGCAGCACUUAUGCAGCUGACAACGUGAUAGUCACACCUUCAGUAGCUGUUCUGAAGGAAAGACACGCAACCCUGUUUUCGCUGCCGCUACCAAAAGACAAGGUGGACGCUAUCAACAACAUCAAAAUGGGAGUCGAAAGCAAGAUUAUGUUCCGAUUCCCGAACAGGUGGUGGGGCGAUAACGGUUUCUUUGCAUUCUUGUGGAGAACAGAGGAUAAGAGCGGGACAGAAGAUGUGUGGGUGAAGAAAAUCCCUGCAGUCAGCACUCCUAUGGGAGCCAGUAAUGUGCUCACAUUGUGGCUCACCGGGGAUUAUGCGGUUAUGGCAGAGAAUCUUCCGGAUGAUGAAGUCAGAGCGAAAGGGAUGGCUCUGUUGAGAAGAUUUCUGGGCGCAAACAUUACUAUACCCGAACCGGUAGAGAUGUUAAGAUCGUUAUGGCACAAGAACCCUCACGUUCUAGGCAGCUACACGUACGAUGAUGUGGACUACCCCCACCACGUCACCGCGCGCGCCGAUCUCGCUCGACCAAUCACAGACGAGAACGGCGUCCCGAGAAUCUUAUUCGCUGGUGAAGCGACGCACACGCAGCAGUUUUCGACGGUGCACGGAGCAGUCGACACGGGGUAUAGGGAAGCGAACAGACUGCUAGGAAAUACAGUUUGAGUUCCGAAUAGAGCGUUUCAUU